AUGUGCUCGGUGAAGCACCUGACCCUCCAUUCUAGGAUUGUGCGCUGCAGGCGAAGCCGAGCAGCACGUGUGCCACUGACAGGGAAGAACCUGACCAGGGUCUGUCCUUACGACAUCAUGAAACACGGCUCCGGCCUCAAGGCCUGGCAGCGCAUGAGGGGCCAGGUCCCCCAGAGACUCUGGUGCUCAGAGACUAGAAAUGAAGAUCUAACCCAGGCCCAGGCCGUGAGGUACCUGCUGGAGGAUUAUCCCACCAAAGCCAUAACCAGGGUGACGGUGACAGAGCUUCAGAGGCAGGACUUGGGGCUGAACCAGUGUGUGAUCGACCUGUCUUCUCAGGACCUCAUCGUCCCGUACCGUCCGACUCAGCUGCCUGCAGAGCCCGCCCCCUGGGCCACCCACUUCCCCAACCAAGGCGUUGACCUUGUCCAGAUCUUCCAGCCCAGAGACUCUGGGAAGCUGGGGUGGAGUCAGACUCAGCUUCUGAUUCCCUCCCUGCUGAGGGCUCCCCAUUUUCUCUUCUUCACCACUGUCAGAAACAGCUUGGGAGUGACAUGGCCUCGGGGGACCCACACCUGCUGCUGCUGCCUGUGCUGCUGGUGCUCCUGGCCUCGGUCACCUGUGCCUGAGGAACUUCACCAAGUGCCUGGACACUCUCUGUGAUGCAAGUACUCGCCCAAGAGAGGGCCCUAUCAGCCCAACGCCUGGUGUCAGCAGACGGAUCCAGAUUCGUGUACCAUAGUAGUCUCCAGUUCCAAGCCCCGCACAGCAGCUCAGAACUCUCGACGCACCAUCUGGGACGAGCCCGACGCUGGCUUCUUCAACGUCACCGUGAUUCAGCUGGAGGAGAUGAACUCAGGGAUGUCCUGGCAUGGAACUGACAACUCUUCCCACAAGGUGAUGACUGUUCUCAGAAAAUUAGACUGGUGGUGUCUCCAGAGACGGGCUCUCACAUCUGUUCCGCCCUGCCGAUCCUGGCCCCAACUGCUGGGAAGAUACACCCAGAGGUCCCCGGACAGUUUCACUGACCCUCGAUGGUUGUUUUCUACUUUUUUUUCCUGUUUGGCCCCCACCACUUCUCCUGUGUGGACCCUCACCUGGCUCCCAACAAGGACAGUUCUGAUCAUUUCCCCAGAGGGGACCUCUGGCCGUCCUUCUGUCAAUGGCUCUGAGACCAGAAAAUCGAAUGCCCCCCUCUGCCUUGGCUCUGCUGCCCCCGGACUCCUGGUCUCUGUGCUGUGUGGACUCCUCGUGGCCAAGCGGCUGGUGCUGUGAGUCCUGUCUGUGCUCCUGAGCUGCAGGCGCCGGGUCAUAGGAUACCAUGGGGACACCCUGAGGAGGCUUCUG